GGGGGGCGGCGGCGGCGAGUCCGCAGCGACCCCAGAGCGCGGGGCAGCGCCGCGAUGCGCCUUCCCGUCGGGAAGGCUCCCCACCCUCGGGCGUAGCAGCGGCUGGACCCGGCGCGGCUUCUCCUCCGUGAUGUCCCCCAGGCAGCAGGGAAAGGCGACUCACUCGAGUGCUGGGGUGAAGGCCUAGUGUCUCCAGCGCCGCUCGCGCCCGCUCCCUCUCCCGCACCCUCCGCCGGCGAUGAUGGCAGAAGAACAGCAACCUGAUCCCCCGCAGCCGCCGCCGCCGCAGCAGCUCCCCGGCACCCCCGCGCCAGGGGGGGCUUUGCCAGCCCUGGUGCCCGGGCUGCAAGGGACGGAAGCCAACGCGCUGCAACACAAAAUCAAGAACUCCAUCUGCAAAACUGUACAAUCUAAGGUGGACUGCAUUUUGCAAGAAGUUGAGAAGUUUACAGACCUAGAGAAACUCUACCUCUACCUUCAACUGCCUUCGGGUCCCAGCAAUGGAGAGAAAAGCGAUCAGAUCUCGAUGUCAUCAAGCCGUGCGCAGCAAAUGCAUGCAUUUUCUUGGAUUCGGAAUACCUUGGAGGAGCACCCAGAGACAUCCCUUCCCAAACAGGAAGUUUAUGAUGAGUACAAGAGCUAUUGUGACAAUCUUGGCUACCAUCCUUUAAGUGCUGCUGACUUUGGAAAGAUCAUGAAAAAUGUCUUUCCAAAUAUGAAGGCCCGCCGUCUGGGCACAAGAGGCAAAUCAAAAUAUUGCUACAGUGGACUGAGGAAGAAAGCUUUUGUGCAUAUGCCAACACUGCCCAACCUUGGCUUCCAUAAAACUGGAGAUGGGUUGGAUGGAUCAGAUCCAUCAGGGCAGCUACAAAGUGCUGAUGAGGAAGUUGUGUCGGCCGCCUGUCGACUUGUGUGCGAAUGGGCCCAGAAAGUCCUAAGCCAGCCAUUUGAUUCAGUCUUGGAUUUAGCUCGUUUCCUUGUCAAAAGUCACUACAUCGGCACCAAAUCAAUGGCAGCUUUAACAGUAAUGGCAGGGGCGCCAGCAGGAAUAAAAGGGAUCCCUCAACCCUCUGCUUUUAUACCCACGGCUGAAAGUAAUUCUUUUCAGCCUCAAGUGAAAACUCUCCCAUCACCAGUUGAUGCCAAGCAGCAGCUACAGCGUAAGAUCCAGAAGAAGCAACAGGAACAGAAACUGCAGUCUCCUUUGCCAGGAGAGUCUCCAGCAAAGAAAACCGAAGGAGCUACAGCCAAUGGAGUAACAAGUAUUUCUAAUGGAAGUCCUGCAAUCUUGUCUCCUCAACCUAUCGGUAUCGUAGUGGCAGCUGUACCCAGCCCCAUACCGGUACCGAGGACCAGACAGCUGGUGACAUCUCCAAGUCCCAUGGGCUCCUCUGAUGGCAAGGUUCUUCCGCUCAAUGUUCAGGUGGUCACUCAGCACAUGCAGUCAGUCAAGCAGUCACCAAAGACUCCUCAGAAUGUUCCAGCCAGUCCAGUUGGUGACCGUUCCGCCCGGCAUCGUUACCCACAGAUCUUACCUAAGCCAGCAAACACCAGUGCUCUCACCAUCCGCUCGCCAACUACGGUGCUUUUCACCAGUAGCCCAAUCAAGACAGUUGUGCCAGCUCCACAUGUAAAUUCCUUAAACGUGGUAAAAAUGACAGCAAUAUCUCUUGCCCCUAGCAGCAGUAGUGUACCCGUCAAACACACUACUUCAUUGAACAGCAGUACAGGAGCAAUGGAAGAAUCGAGAACUGUUCCUCAGAUUAAAAAUGGGUCUGUUGUUUCACUUCAGUCUCCAGGAUCCAAGACAAGCAGUGUUGUAGCUACACCUGCAGUUGAGAUCAAAAUGGAACCAGAAGCAUUACUGGAUGACAACCCAAUACAGUGCCAAGAGAAUUCUGAUGUGUCUAAAGCUAUAAAAGGAGCACCGGGCCUGCCUGCUGCUCAGAGGAAUCAUUUUGAGGGUACAACCUUGAAAGCUUCAACUGAGAGCAUCAGUGAAGUGAAAACAGUUAAGGGCUGUGAUCAGAGAGCUGAAGGAGCAAGGACCAAAUAUAAAGCCCGACCUAAAGAAAUCAUACCAGUUUCUUCAGCAGGCAAUAAUCAAAGCACUCUUACUCUCUCAGUUGCCACUCAAAACUUCUCCAAUCCCAGCAUCAGUUCACCUCCUAGUGGUGAUUCUACUGUUAAAGAUAAAACAUGCACUAAAAGUCCAAGGAAGCGACUACCUUCUACGCUUCAGGAGUCCCAGGUACCACCUGUAAAGAAACCACUUGUGGGGCAGCUUUCAGCAGGUAGCAUGGAAGGUCAAAAAGGAAGCAGUGUUAAGAAGGUUCAGAAGGUUGUAUCAUUAGCUAGAAAUGACAGUACUACAGCACUUGCUCAAGUUCCUAGCAAGGUCACUAUAAAAGUAAAUUCUACAGCUUCAACACACUUAGUGACAAACUGUCCAUUGAAUUCCAAUGUUAUAAAUACCAGUGAUUCCACUUUGGGACAGCAGCUCACAGCCUCAUCUCCAGAUAUAAAAGUAAAAUUGGAAGGAAAUUUGUUUAUCUUAGAAAAUGAUUCAAAAUCUGAUGGCAGCUUUAAUCCAAAUCCAUGGCAGCAUAUCACUAAAACCUCUGACUUUACAUCUGUGAACUCUGAACAGCAGCAAGAUAUCAGUGUUAUGACUAUUGCAGGACAGUCUGACUCUAAUGAUUUACAGGAAUCUGUAUGGGAGCCAGUGCACUGUGAAGGAAUACAACAGGAUACAUACAGCCAGCAGUUACAGAGCCAGAUCCAAGAAUCAGCUUUGGGUCAAAUACAAGCACAGUCCUCAAAUCAGUUACCGUUACCUCUGCAGUCUGAGCUAAAAGAAUUCGAACAUACAGUCCCUCAGUCAAACGAAAACUUCUUUUCAUUUGAUGAUGACCUUACACAGGACAGCAUUGUGGAGGAACUGGUGCUCAUGGAGGAGCAAAUGUCAAUGAACAGUUCUCAUCCUUAUGGUAGUUGUCUGGGAAUGGCACUGCAGAAUCAGACAGCAGCUCAAGGAGCUCCAAUGUCAUCUCAUCCAAGCAAUACGCACUUCUACCAUUCAAUCCACAACAAUGGCACUCCAAUUCACACUCCCACACCUACCCCGACUCCCACACCUACCCCGACUCCGACCCCAACACCCACGUCAGAAAUGAUUGCUGGAUCUCAGAGUGUGUCACGAGAGAGCCCGUGCUCACGACUGGCUCAGACUACUCCUGUAGAUAGUGCUCUGGGAAGUAGCCGGCAUACACCCAUUGGCACACCACAUUCAAACUGCAGCAGCAGUGUCCCUCCUAGUCCUGUGGAAUGCAGAAAUCCUUUUGCAUUUACUCCAAUAAGCUCCAGUAUGGCAUACCAUGAUGCCAGCAUUGUCUCGAGUAGCCCUGUGAAACCAAUGCAGCGACCUAUGGCUACUCACCCUGAUAAAACCAAACUUGAGUGGAUGAAUAACGGGUACAGUGGAGUCACUAAUUCAUCAGUUUCAAAUCAUGGCAUUCUUCCAAGCUAUCAGGAGCUAGUGGAAGACCGUUUCAGGAAACCUCAUGCUUUUGCAGUUCCUGGCCAGUCAUAUCAGUCUCAGUCCCGGCACCAUGAUACUCACUUUGGUCGUGUGACUCCUGUGUCACCUGUAUCACAUCAGGGAUCCUCUGUAAAUAGCACCAACAAGCAGGAAGGCUUUGCUGUUCCUGCUCCUCUUGACAACAAAGGAACAAGUUCCUCUCUCAAUAACAGUUUCAGAUGCCGGAGUGUAAGCCCUGCUGUCCAUCGCCAACGUAAUCUUAGUGGAAGCACUGUCUAUCCAGUUUCUAAUAUACCACGCUCUAACUUGACCCCUUUCGGAAGUCCAGUGACACCUGAAGUUCACAAUGUGUUCACAAAUAUUCAUGCUGACACUAGUGCCAAUAAUAUAGCUCAAAGGAGUCAGUCAGUCCCUUUGACUGUCAUGAUGCAGACAGCCUUCCCCUCUCUUCAGAAACAAACAAACACUAAAAAAAUAACAAAUGUGUUGUUAAGCAAACUUGAUUCUGAUGGCGAUGAUGCAGUGAGAGGUUUGGGAAUGAACAACAUGCCUUCAAAUUACACAGCGAGGAUGAAUCUCACUCAGAUUUUAGAAACAUCCACCACUUUUCCUAGUGCCAACCCGCAAAAUAUGAUCAAUUCCAGCACUUCAGUUUAUGAAUUCCAAACACCAAGUUACCUCACAAAAAACAGCAGCACCGAUCAGAUCAGUUUUUCUUCUGGAGAUAACCAAGCACAAUCAGAAAUUGGAGAACAGCAAUUAGAUUUCAGCAGCACUGUAAAAGACUUUUUAGGGGAGGACAAUCUGCAAACCAACCAGCAGCUGGUGAAUCAGGUGGUGUCAGAUCUCAAUAACGUUGCAUCUGUCUUUUCCAGCGACAUCAGGUUGUCUUCCGACCUCUCAGGCAGCAUUAAUGAUCUGAAUACUUUAGAUACAAAUCUACUGUUUGAUCCAGGUCGUCAGCAGGGACAAGACGACGAUGCUACACUGGAGGAAUUAAAGAAUGACCCCUUGUUUCAACAAAUCUGCAAUGAAUCCAUUAACUCAAUGACUACAUCAGGUUUUGAGUGGAUGGAGAGUAAGGAUCAUCCUGCUGUUGAAAUGUUGGGUUAA